CUUAUCAAUAUAAUCACACAUUAUUAGCAGUUGCGCUUUAACCUUGGAUCGGCAAACAGGUUUUUUACGUUAAUAUUUUCGCUGUGAGAAAAAACUCUAAGUUGCCACAAUGCCGGAUGUUACCUAUGUGCCUAUUGAUGACCAGGACAAUUUAUCACGUUAUAGAAGAUGUUGUUCAACAUGGUCAGGCCGAGAGAAAGCCAUGGGUUGGGCCAUUGGUACCUUGUCUCUGUUGGUUGGGAUUUUGUUCAUUAUUAUAAUGAACCAAAGUCACCCAGAAAUCGCGCCUACUACAACUGAGACGCCAACGACACCUUCGCUUCCUACAACUACAACUACGGUGUCAACAACUACGGUACCAACAUCUACGGAAUCUACAACUAAAAGUCCUACAACCGAGACUACAAUAUCUACAACUACAACUUCUACCAUAACACCACCUACGACUGAAUCAACGCCAACACCUACUACAGAAAGUACACCUUCAACAGAAACACCUACUACUCCUACUACUAUUCCUUCUACUACUGAAGACCCAUCUUCUUCUUCUUCUACAGAGUCAACCACAAUAUCACCACCUCCUACUGAAAAACCUUCUAUUGCAGACACAACUCCUGUUAAAAUAGAAGAGACUGACGUACCGCUUAACCCUUUGGAAUAGUAAAUAAUUAUGAGUAAUAAAUAUCAUCUUAUAUCUUAUAUUUAAUAUGUUAAUUAACUCAGAAAAGGUAUACCUACGUAUACCUACCUAAAGAAAAAGUUGGAAGUAAGUUCCAGAAUUUAUUCAGAAAAAGUUUCAUCGAACGCCAUUAUUGUAAAGUCUUGCUUUGACUUGUAGAGAAUAUUGAAAAGCUUAAAAGCUCGCAACAAAAGUAGGAACAACUUCUAGUUCUUCACUUAUUGAAAGUUAUUGAAAAUGUAGCGCAUAACUUCUAAUCCAUCUACAAACUCUAAUAAAAUUUUCUAACCAAAAAUUUAAAAAAA